AUGGCCCAUGGAAUGACUGUCCAGUUACCUGUGGUGGUAUUACUAAUAACCAUUAACGGAGGAUGGAGUGAAUGGUCUAAGUUUAGCGCAUGUCCAGUGACUUGCGGAGGCAGUACGAACACCCGGACAAGAGCAUGUGACAAUCCAACUCCUGCUUACGGAGGUACCGAUUGCGUGGGUGACAGCAGUGAAAGUGCAGUAUGUAAUACUGUAGACUGUCCAGAUUAUUGCGAAUCGAAACCUUGUGAAAACGGGGCGUCAUGUGCAAAUAUUCACUACGGCUACAAAUGCACUUGUGUUGAAGGGUUCCAAGGCAACAACUGUGAAAUAGAUAUUGAUGAUUGUGUCUCUGUGGACUGUCUUCACGGCGGAAAGUGUAAAGAUGAAGUGAAUGCUUACAGUUGUGUUUGUGUUCCAGGCUACGCUGGUGUACAUUGUGAACAAGUACAUGGUUCUUGGAGCUCAUAUGACCCAUGGAAUAACUGUCCAGUUACCUGUGGUGGUACUAACAAUAACCAGUACAGAUCUAGAUAUUGUAACAAACCACAACCAUCCUGUGGAGGAUCUAGUUGUUCUGGUACCUCAAAGCAGUAUCAGAUAUGUAAUUCUUCUCCUUGUCCAGUUGACGGUCAAUGGAGUGAAUGGUCCAGUUAUGGGUCAUGUCCAGUCACCUGUGGCAGUGGAGCACAUUCCAGAUAUAGAACAUGUAAUAAUCCCACCCCUGCCAAUGGCGGUGCAUCAUGUAAAGGAUUGGACACAGAGUAUGCUAUAUGCUGGAGCGGAGAAUGUCCUGGUUAG